UUCACCCCAGUGGCAUUGUUGAAGUUGCACAUAGCAGGAGAUCUACUGGCCAGUAAAACAAUAUGGAAACAACAACCGAGGCAGUGCAGCCGAAAGCAACGCAACAGCAUCUGUGUUCUCUGCUCGACAGCUACCAUGGCAUCAGCAGCAGUCGCGACAGAAGUAGUAGUUGUUUACCUAUAUACCCUAAAGGUCUUUACGUCCAACCAGAAAAUUUAGUUUCAGUCGAAAACUACCGUCUCUGACUGCACAAGGGUAAAUGUCGUUUUCGGGUUGCUGUUGAUAUUCUACGCCAACCCAUUGUAGUGCGUCGCGCUUUGUUUUUGUUUUUUCUUUCGCUUUUCGCCAAAAGGACGCCAAAAAAAUCAUUAUCAAGUAAAACACAUGCAUGUGACAAAAUCGAAAUACGCAACUGAAAGUCAAUACAUAAAUCCUUUGUGUAUGUACAUAUAUAUACAUUUUUAGAAAAAUAAGAACCGAACCAAGUCGUCAAUAUAGAUUGGUAAAGCUUUAAAGUUUCAACUAACAUCAGUCACAUAUGGAUAUUAUCUUGUGUUAUUAUAUUUAAAUAUGUACAUACAUACAAACAGUUUGGUGAAAGCCGUCGUUAAUGCAUUAAUAGUGUGAAGUGCAAAACCAGAUUUUCAGUUGUAAUUUGUAAAAAAUCAAAUUCAAAUUCCUACUUCAUUGGUAGCCGAGUGAUCCUGAAAAGGAAUGUGCAAUCAGCGUUUAAUUGCCAAUAUGAAUUAUCAUAUAGUUGCCUUUUUUAGUGCCAUUAGUGUAUCAUAAAAGUUAAUAGCGGAUAUUCUUCGUACCUGUAAUUAUUAUUUACACUCUUAAAAUUGUAAAAGUUCAUCAAAUUAGUUCUUGAAGUUAAAACCAUAUUUACAAAUGCAUAUCCUACAUCGAACCAGUGAUCACCAGUUUGAGGACCAAAAAUUCAUGAUGGAACGCCUCACUAGUCAUGGCAGCUUGGGGUUAUCAAGCAGUAGUCCUGCUUACACUACACACACGGGUGGCCACAGUGGCCGUGGAGGACCUUCUUCUGGACACGGUAGCCAUGGCAGUACACACGGAUCUGCAGCAACAAUGCAUCACCAAUCUCUUCAAUCAGAUUUCCAACCGCCCUACUUUCCUCCACCGUUUCAUCAUUCAACUCAAAGUCCGCCCCAACAACAGGUACCUGCAUAUUUACAGAACCAUGGAGCUUUAGAAUAUUUGGGUACAGAUCCAUAUGGACAACCGUUAUCAUCACUACACCAUGCCCCUUUGCACCACUAUAACCAAUUAGCGGGCUUACGAACAACUCAAGAUCAGCUUGGUAUACACAGAUCUCAUAGAGAAGCGGAGCUACAAGGCCAUGUGGCGCAGCUGUCUCAUGGUUUCCCAUACACAGAUAGACGAGCAGAUUAUGGUAGCACUAUAUCAGGAGGCGCCACACAUGGUGGUAGACUUGCUCACGAACAUGAUCCCUUAGCCUUGCAUCAAGCACUACAGAACGCCGUUGAUGAUGUCCAAAAUCCCGGUAUAGAUGACAAUGUCGCAUUUAUGUCAGAUCUACCUCUAAUUAAAAGUAUUAAAAGUGGGAAAGAGCUUGGUAAUAUUGGCUCUGGUUCCCCCAGUGAGGUAUUUUGUGCUGUUCCGGGACGACUUAGCCUUCUAUCCAGCACGUCCAAAUACAAAGUAACAAUUGCUGAAGUUCAACGAAGGUUAUCACCUCCAGAAUGUCUAAACGCGUCUCUACUUGGCGGAGUUCUUCGAAGAGCUAAGAGCAAGAACGGUGGACGCCUACUAAGAGAAAAGCUUGAAAAAAUUGGUUUAAAUUUACCUGCGGGAAGACGAAAGGCUGCCAAUGUCACAUUACUCACGUCCUUAGUAGAGGGCGAAGCUACUCAUCUGGCAAAAGAUUUUCAUUUCGUUUGUGAAACUGAAUUUCCAGCUCGUCAGCUAGCCGAAUACGUCAUUAGACAUCAAACAGAGCCCCAAGAAUCAUAUCGCAGGAAAGAACUACUUAUUCAUUCACAGCAGAUAACAAAGGAACUAAUGCAAGUACUUAGCCAAGACCGCACAACACAAUACGGCACGAGAUCACAACAUUUACUGGAACCUUCUAUGCAGCGUCACCUCACACACUUCUCUUUAAUUACUCAUGGGUUUGGAUCUCCCGCUAUAAUGGCCGUACUGCAUGCUUUCCAGACUUUUCUCAAUGAAUCACUCAACUAUUUAGAUAAAUUAUAUCCUUCAAAUAGUGGCGGCAUGGUGUCCUCCUCGCUGGACAAAAACAAAAUUGAUAGUGACAAGAAAUGAUAGGCCGGGUUUGCUUUAUUUUAUUAAACACAACAAGAAAAUCGUUUUAAACGAAAUAAAGUAUAAGUUUAAGUAAAGUAAAUAAAAUAUUAGUUCAUCGAGCGUAAUUUUAAUUUUAAUAUCGAUUAAACCGUUAUUUUUAUUAUUAAUUCGUAAUGUAUAUGCAUAUGCAGUUAUAAAUAUACUAUUUGUUAAUAAUUACAAUUUUGAGACAUACUUAUGUAUAUAUGUAUGUAUGUAUAGAUACAUAUGCAUAAAUAUUCCAUGAAAUACAAAUUAACUGUAGUUUGUUUGUUUUUUAAAAGAGUAUUGAAGGUAUUUUCCGCACAUAUGUACAUAUACCCGCCAGUUAUAAUAAGAAUCAUUCGUUAAGGUUUCAUUUAACAGAACUUUUAUUUAGAUUGAUUAAAUGUCUAACUUUAAGACUUUGGUGAAGUUAUCGUCUCAAGACAAGAAGUGUUAAACACAUGCGUUAUUACCUUUCCCUCAUAAAAUUCCUUGAGUAGAUGUUUUAAACGAGAAAUGAAGUGAUGUCCAAAUCUCAUGUCAUUGGAAGUGAGAGCGUAAAUGAAAAUUGACUCGAUUCAAGAGGUUUAGAAUGGCUGGAAAUUUUACCAAAAAUACAUAUGAACGUAAAAAUGACUAAACACAUUUAUUAAAUAAGGGCUGACAAGUUGAAAUCACUUGUUGUUGUUGUUAAGUUGUUUUAAUAUACCAUGAAAUCAUACAAAAAGCAAAUAUUUUAAUACUUUCUCAUAACAAAUGUUAGGGUUUUAAUUUAAAUAUUCAAAAACAAGUAUUUGUCUGAUUUGCCUACAAUUCAAAAUGUGUAAAAAAAACGUUAGUUUUAAGGCGCACUGGAAUAAUUUGGGCAUCCCUUUAUCACUGGUUUAAACAUUGUUGAACGCUGCACUUGUUGCCGUGUUCAAAAAGCAUAACAUUCAAAAAACUUUCACCGCUCUUUAUAACGGAUGUUUUUUAGCCGUGUCGUUUUCAAUGAGGCAUUACUUUUUUCGGAGUUGGUCUUUUUGACAGCUGUUACUUGAUUUAUACAAUUAGAGUUGCGCUCAUUUACUUUAUGGAAGAUUUUUGGGAAAAUUUUGGUUUGUUGGAAAAAUCUAACUUGUGGAACAAUUGAAGCCGAAAACCCAUCAAGUUCGUCGCGUUUUCGGUGAAUGGGCUCAAAACAAGAUAGCCGCUACUUCCGCUUUUCUUCAACGAUGAAUUUUACUUUUGGUUGAAUAGGUACAUUAAUAAAAAAAAAAUUUGCAUUUGGAAUGAUUAUAAUCCACAAGCCAUUUUUGAGACGCCGUUCACAAAAAAUCACUCUAUAGGCAGAGGUAAUCAUUGGACCAGAUUUCUUCAAAAUUUAAUCCGCCUAAAAGGUUACAAUCAAUGGGGGACGCUAUUGAGCCUGAAUUAUAAUAUGUUGAAGAAAACUUUUGGUGAGCGCAUUACCUCUUCUAGUGGCCGCGUGGCGUGGGCUUCAAGAUGCUGCGAUUCAACACCACCGGACUAUUUUUUGUGGGGACGAGACGAUUGACGCCUUGGCAGAGAACAUUCCGAACGUUAUUGCUGACAUACGGCUUCAAUUGCUGCAAAAAGUAGUCGAAAAUUGGGCCUUUCGACCAUUGACGUUCGAUUCUUGUCUUUAUAAUAAUGUUUUGUUUUUGAAAACCAAAUGCCUCAAAAAAGCAUAAUUUAUUUGUACAUAGUAUUCUGUUCCAAUAAAUUUUUAAAUCCGUCUAAUCAGAGUCACUCAACUUAAGUCUCUCUUUUAACGCAUUUAUUUAUUAUAGAACAAUAUGCCAGUAUUUAAAAUUCAUUGGAGAUUAGUGUCUGCCUUUAAAAAACAAAAAUAAUAUAUCUAGCUGGUUAAUUAUAGAUCAAUUAAAUUAUUAAAUACAAUAUUUUUGUUGCCAAAAAUGGCAGAGUUUAUAAAUAAAACUAUUUCAUAAUCCCCUGGAAAUAAGAUUUGUACAUAUAUGAAUAUAAGUAUGUAAAAAAAAUAAAAACAAUUAAUGACAAACAAACAGAAAUAAAAUGUAAAUUCUAUUACAAAGUUGUAACAAUUAGAAAUACGUUUUCCUUGUUUGUAAAGUGGUUUAGUAUAUGAUUUUGAAUUUAUGUUAAUUUUUCUUAAUAAUCGAAUUUAUUAAAAAUAGUUCAGUGACAAUCUUGAGAUUUUAACACAAUUAAUUAGUUCACUUUAGCACAAAAUCCAAGCAUAUCAUCACCUAAAAUGCUAAACAAUAUCAUCAAAAAAAAAAAUAAAACUUGAGCUUUUUCUUGCUUACGAUUCACUACAUCUUAUUAUAUAUAUGUGUGAAUAAAAUUGUACGCUUCCGCUAUCAGAUAUAGCCAAUAUAUAACCACUUUAUAACCAAAACUCAAAAUUUUGUUUCAAUUUGUGUGGCUUCUAAUAUUGGGUUGUCAAAACAGUCUUGCGGUAUUUUUAUUGAAUCAAUUCGUGUGGCACCCAUACAUCGACCUUCUUAGUGACUCCAAG